AUGUUCUGGGCAUCGAUAGCACGCUCACGAUCGUCUUGGAAAGGCCCAUUUUUUGUCUCAUUUCCCAACAUCCAAGAGGCGAAACAGUCUGGCAUCCCAAUAAAGACCCGCGUGCGCUCAUGUACCAUACUUCCCACUUUUGUUGGAGCUAGAUUCCGAGUUUAUAACGGGAAGGACUAUAUCCCCGUCCACAUAACACAGGAAAUGGUGGGACACAAACUAGGGGAGUUUUCCCCGACUCGGAAACGUUUCACAUAUAAGUGCGCUCCUCUGUCUCAUCACUUGCUCUUCCGUCACUCAUUUGCAUCCAUUAGACAAACGAAAAAUAAAUAG